UGAAUUUGCCCUCGGGGAUAUGGAGUUGGCUUCAUCCUGGGUGCUGAGCUUCCCGGAGGGGUCUGAGCUGGGCUGGGCAAGGGCUGGGGCGUCCCCCUGCAGCCUCCCUGCCCAUUGCAGGGCAGUGACUCCCAGCCCCGCCGGUGCUUUCCCUUCCAGAGGAGCUAUUUUGUCACCAUGAAGGUGCUUUACACCUGCGGCUACUCCACGUCCCUGGCAGCCCUGCUCCUGGCCAUCGGCAUCUUCUCCUGCUUCAGGAAGCUGCAUUGCACCAGGAAUUCUAUCCACAUCCACUUCUUCACCUCCUUCAUCCUGCGUGGAGCCGCUGUGUUCGCCAAGGAUGCCGUCCUCUUCUCAGACGAGUCCAUCGAUCACUGCACCAUGUCAACGGUGAGCUGCAAAGCAGCCAUCGCCUUCUUCCAGUACUCGGUCCUGGCCAACUUCUACUGGCUGCUGGUGGAGGGCCUGUACCUGCAGACCCUGCUGCUGCUCGCCUUCACCUCGGACAAGAGGUACAUCUGGUGGUACAUCCUCAUCGGCUGGGGCGUCCCCAUGCUCACAGUCUGCGUAUGGGUGGUCACCAGGCUGCAGUACGACAACCAUGGGUGCUGGGAUGACUACACCAACCCUUACUGGUGGGUGAUCAAGGCUCCCAUCCUCCUGGCCAUAUUUGUGAACUUCCUCAUCUUCCUCAAUGUCACCAGGAUGUUAGCGCAGAAGAUCCGCUCCCCGGACAUCAGCAGGAACUACAAGCAACAGUACAUGAGGCUGACGAAGUCCACGCUGCUCCUCAUCCCCCUCUUUGGGGUGCACUACGUGGUGUUCGCGCUCUUUCCCGAGCACAUCGCUGUGGAUGCUCGGCUCUGCUUCGAGCUGGUCCUCGGCUCCUACCAGGGGUUCCUGGUGGCUCUGCUCUACUGCUUCCUCAAUGGGGAGGUCCAGGCUGAGAUCAAGCGGAACUGGGGCAAGUGGCAGUCAUCGAUGGAGAGCAACGUCUUCAACCUGGUGACCCAAGACUUCACAGCAUGAUGAGGAUGGCGCUGGUGGAAACACACCCUCGAGGACGGGGGGGGAAGCUCCAUGCCUGCUGCCCCAUAAACACAAUAGGAAGGAUUCUGUAGGAUCUGGGUCUGGCAUCCUUGGAGGGCUGUUGGGAUGUUGAGCUCUGCCUGCUCAGGUGCUGGUGGCUCUUGUGGCUCCCUGUGAGUGUCCUCCCUGCCCAAAGCUCUCUUUGCAGUGUGGUCAGUGUUUCAGGCAAAGGGAAUAGACCCUCCCCACCUUUUCUGCCCUGGGAAUGGGUAGGAAGGACAAGCAGCAUUUUACAUUCACAUCAGUGGCAGUUUCCAUUUAGCACUGGAAUGAAAACUGGAGCAGCCCCAACCCUGCAGGGAUUUACUGCUCGUUACUUUCCCCUCCUUUCUUGGUUUACAGAAUCAUUUUGAGCUCUCCCAAGGGCUUUGCAUUGCAGGGACAGGAGAGUUUGCCAGCAGCAGGACUGCCCCGUCUUCACUGGGGACUUGUUUGCCUGGGACUGGGGAGGCUUUUGCCAAUAAAGCCUUGUUCUGAACCCA